UUCCUGGCGAUAUUUUCGACACAUCGGACACUAUGGCGAGUUUGCUGAAGAGUGCAAAACACAAGGGCAUGGGAGAGGGAGGUGGAGCUGGAUAUAAGGGCAAAUCAAAGGCCGACCAGAAUGAAUUGGAACAAUCUGCCGAAGGUUCCAGCUCGAAACCGAGAAAGGACAAAGUCUUGAUGCUCUGUUCGAGAGGAGUGACGCAGAGACACAGGCACCUCAUGAGAGAUUUGGAGGUCCUCUUGCCGCAUACAAAGAAGGAUUCGAAGCUCGACACCAAAUCUUCUUUGCACCUGGUCAACGAAAUCGCGGAUCUUCACUCGUGCAACAAUACUCUUUUCUUCGAAGUCAGGCGACAUGAGGACCUGUACUUGUGGCUCUGUCGAGCACCCAAUGGCCCGUCUGUCAAGUGUCACGUGCAGAACAUCCACACGAUGGAUGAGCUCAAGAUGACUGGAAAUUGUCUUCGAGGCAGUCGAGGUAUCUGUGUAUUUGACGGUGGCUGGGACGAGGACGAGCACUGGAAAUUGCUCAAGGAGAUGUUCACGCAUGUCUUCAGUGUCCCAAGGACAUCUCGGAAGCUGAAACCAUUCAUCGAUCACAUUCUCCUCUUCUCUAUCCUUGAUAACAAGAUCUGGUUCAGAAACUAUCAGAUAAUCGAGAAAGACCCACAGCAACCAUCUGGACCACCACAGACUUCUCUCGUUGAGAUCGGACCCCGUCUCGUCAUGACCCCAAUCAGGAUCUUUGAGGGAUCUUUCGGCGGACCCACGUUGUUCCAGAAUGCCGAAUUCGUCAGUCCCACGGCCAUGAGGGCGGGCGUUAAGAGGGCUCAAGGUGAGAAGUACAGAGUGAGGAAGGAAGGUCAAUCGGAACGUGAUGAGCGAGGCAAGCGCAGAAGAGAGGAAGUGGGUGAGGAUCAAUUGAGCAGGAAGAAGGUGUUUGCUUGAGAGCAUGUAUAUCAUUGCACGC